UCGAAACGAUUCGGAAGGAAAAUUCUUGAUCUCCUGAACCUGGCGCCAGGUGGAACCCUUCAGCUAUUGGGAGUAGUGUGAGGGUUGGCAAUCAGACAGGUUGGAUCCGCAACAGUGUGGUGUGGCGAAGCAGAGCCGUUUCAGCGCUAGACGGGAGCAAGUGAAUCGGAAGCGGCGUGGUGGAAGCCGUUUGGUGCCGCAAGUGAAUCGAGGCGAUAUUUUUGGCAAACUUGUCACAGCUGUUUGCCGGAAGUCAGGAGGCAUAAGAAAAUUGAUUUAUUCGCCUUUCGGCAACGCUUCUUCAACGUCCCAAGGAAGUGGAGGUUUGAAAGUGUAAUUGUGGAAAAUUUGCAACUACGUCGUCCGCUGUGCAUGUGGGUGGAGUAUAAGAGGGACGGAAAUAGUCAACCGCUGCUGGUGGUGUCACGCUGUUGAAGUGAUGUUUAUGUGAUUGCGGUGUGGGGUACUCAGACGGAAAGAGUGGAUCGGGUUGAAAUUGUGCAACAGUGGAAAAGUGGUUUGUUGACGAAGCAAAGAGAAGAAAGAAGAGUAAAAACGGUUGUCCGUACAUGCAGCGCUAGCGCUUUCUUAGUGGUCGAACAGGAUACAACGGUGGAUAGCUACGGGACUACGGGCGGUGGCGCCGACAAUCUAAUAGCUAGUGGAAAUCAAGAGAGCACCUGCUUGCCAGCAGGUACGAAAAAGGACAACAGAAUCUCGAGUGGUUUAUCAAUUACGGCACAGCCAACGUCGAAGCGAUUGAAAAUCUACUUCAAAUUAUAUGCUCAUUAGGCCAUUAGACUUUUUCCCGUACCAGGUGCUCCAUAAAACAUCAAAGUAAACUAAUUAAAUCGACACAGUGGUAAAGUGGGGCCGCCCGGUCGUGCUCACAUGUACCGGUAACCAUUAGCAGCAGAGCUUCCAGUGUUUGUGUAUCCUUAGCCUGCUGGGAUUCGCAGGUUUUCAACAUCAAAAGUUGUGCGUGACUCGAAGCGAAUUUUGCGUUUCGUUUGUUCUAUUAUCAAGUGAGCCUAAACCAGGCAAUAGUUUCCAAUAACAGCACUGAUUUUAAUGGUUAUUCUUCGAAUGUGAAAAAGGGACAGGGUUUAGCGAAUCAAUACCGGAUUAAAACAUAUCGAAUUGCGCGAUCCAGUUAGCGGCAACUGUGAAAUAUUAACGGCGAAUAAACCAGUGCGAGAACCCCCUCCAGCCAGUCGUCAUCAUCGUAGUUCGUUCGGUAGAACGGGUGUGAAAAGCGGCGUAAUGGAAAUCCCAACCGUGAUGGACGGGAUGCUGAAGAACAGCAUGGUUCUGCAUGACGACAGGUCCUCGCGCAACAGCAACAGUAGCUCAGGAUCCCCUUCGAUGAUACACGAGAAGAAGAAAAUGCUGGACAUCACCCGGGAUAAACCGAUCAAAAUUGCCGUUCGAGUUCAGGUGCCAGUACGGGACCAUCCCAAGUUCAACUUUGUUGGCAAGCUGCUCGGCCCGAAGGGAAACUCACUGAAACGGCUGCAGGAGGAAACGAUGUGCAAAAUGGCAGUCCUUGGCAAGGGAUCGAUGCGGGAUCGCAAGAAGGAAGAGGAACUGCGACUCAGUGGCGACCCACGAUACGCACAUCUAUCCGAGGACCUGCACGUUGAAAUCUCCACGUACACAGCACCGGCUGAAGCCCAUGCCCGAAUCGCCUACGCUUUGGCUGAAGUUCGACGCUUUCUCGUUCCGGACUACCACGACGACAUCCGACAGGAGCAAAUGUGGGAGAUGCAAGCACUCAACUCGGCUCAGAACGCAUCCAACGGCACUAAUGGCAACUGCAAUGGCACCACCAUCAAUGGGCACAGCGUCAACGGAUCCAGCCUUGGGAACGGUACAACCCACAGCAACGUGACACUGAACGGAAAUGGUCUCAACGGUGGCAAUCCGGAGAUGAUGCACCAUCAGGGCUGCGCGGUUGAUUCAAUCACAUCCAACGGCAUGAACGGGACCGGCACCACCGCCGCCAAUGGUAGCGCCGGGAACAACGGCUGCGGAGGCGUCAUUUCCGGCCCGGACGGCAAUAGCAGUCAGUCUUCUCUGCACUCUAAUGGCCACCACCAUCACCACCACCAGCACCAUCACCAUCAUCAGCAGUUCCUGUCGAGCAGUACGUCGGUGGCAGCGGCAGCCGCCGCCGAUGCAGCCGUUGCAGCUGCGGCCACUGUCACCGAUAUGAGCAAUCUGAUGCCAGUCGACGUGAACAUGACGUCAGCUAAUCACUUUGUAAACUCCCUGCCAACAACUGAUAUCGAAGCGCAAACACUAGCAUUUGUGGAAUCAGCGAAUGCAUUUCUUCAUCCAGCACUUAGAGGAGUUAAAACUGUGAGUUUAGCAGCACGCAAGCGACCCCUGUUGGGUGGUCCCCGAUCCAGCAUGAACCCCACCAAGCGAACCGUAAUGACCCUGAUUGCCCGUGCCCGAACCGCUCAAGCCAUGCAUGGAUCCCGAACGACCGCCCCCAUCGGAGAACCCAUACAGGUGAUAACCUCGCCGCUGAUUUUGCAACCGUCACUGGAUCUGCUGCAGAGCAACGGCGCCGGUUCGGUACAGAAGGAAAACAUCCUGCAAGGGGCCUAAACUGGGCCGUGAUUUAUGCGCAUUUCACGCGAAGGAAAAAAAAUCUACCAAUGGGAACGAAACAAAAGGAACACUGCUUUCAAUGUGUUAGUAGGUUAGACUAGAGACAUAUUUUCUACAACAACUGUGAAGCGAAGGAGACUAAUCUUGAUCAGAAAGACCACACAACUACACAUAAAUGGAACGAAAGUUAAAUAUACCAAAUACACCCUUAAAUUACACCAAAAAGUUAAAUUGAACACACGAAAACAAAACAAAUAAUAGAAUUGUAGCACCAGGUUAAGGACCGAAUGAGAGAAAUCAUUCAAAAUAUCUUUCUACAUGAAAACACCCAAAUCCGAAAACAUGAACAUACCAGAACAGGUUUCAAAAUGGAAGGAAGUACUCACCCAAAGCAUACGAAUAAUGAAUUUUAAAGCUUGUUGAAUCGGAUGUUUAGAAACAUUGAACUGAAUGCAACCACCCACAACGACGCGGAAUGAACGGGGCACUGGAGCUCGUUCGUAGUGAGAAGGCCAAUAAAGCAAACGUAACACGAACCAAAGCGAGGCGGUUUUCCGAUGGUUAUUAGUUGAAACAACAUGUUAGAUGGCUACAAAACAGAUGCAGACGAACUAGAUUUUUUAAAUGUUAGACUGUCGAACUAUUUGAGGUUUUAUUUUUCGAUUGUGUUUUUGUACGUAUUUUAUCUGACGGCGGAUGUAGUAAAACUGGAAUUGUUGAGGAAAAUCCAACGGAGAACAAAGUUUCGACGAAUAAUCACUCUAAAUGUGGCAGCGUUAAAUUUGUGUGUAGAUGAGUAGCAUUGAUACAAAACUUUUAGAUUUUAUAACCAACAAUUGGUGCAAUAUUAUUAUAAUAUAUCUUUUAUACACAUUGAAAAUCAGAGGCAAAAUCUAUGAACAGAAGUUAAAAGUUCAAAUUAAAGGAAAUUGCUUUUAAAGUAUCUGAAUUAACACAAGUGAAUCGAUUUUAUAUAAGCGCAAACAAACCGAAUGUAAUCAACCAAAGAAGUACUUAAAACUGAAUAAAAUGCACCCUGCAAGAAGAUUAUUUGAAA